AACAAAUAAUGCCCCCUUCAUGAACCGUUGUUUCCCCUUUCCCUUCGCUCUGUUUUGCUGUGUUUAUGAACCCCAAAGUUUCUGCUGAAAAAUAGAAGAAUCCAAGACUUUAAACUCACCCUCAAACCUUGCUAGUGUUGUAAUUAAUGGACUUUGCGACGUCAAGCUUCAAAGCUGUCUCUGUUUUCUUCUUCUUCAGAUUUCUGCUUCUCUGUCUCUUCACAGAUUUCCCAUCCAACGCUCAAGUUAUACCCCAAGACGAAGUGAAGGCUCUACAGGCAAUAUCUGAUAAACUCACCAACGUGAAUUGGAAGGUCACGCCAACAUCUUGUAUCAAAGGAGCUGGAUUUAAUCUCCUUACCUCGUCCUCUGAAAUAACCAGGAAUGUCACUUGCGAUUGCACUUUCCAAAACGACACCGUUUGCCAUGUCACUAAUAUCCUGUUGAAAAGCCAAAAUAUAUCAGGAGAAAUACCCAGUGAAUUUGGAAAUCUCACCCAUCUGACUGAACUUGAUUUCUCUCUCAACUAUCUCAAUGGCACAAUCCCAACGUCUUUUAGGCGCAUCCCUCUUAUCACUCUGUCCCUUGUGGGGAAUCGCAUUAGUGGUUCAAUUCCCGUAGAAUUGGGUGAAAUUGCUAGUUUGAUGGAUUUGAUCCUAGAAGAUAAUCAGCUUGGAGGACCUCUUCCUCAGAGUCUUGGAAAUUUGAACGACUUACGAAAAUUACGUCUUUCUGCAAAUAAUUUUACCGGAAAAAUACCAGAAACCUUUGGAAAUCUGAAGAACCUAACUGCGUUUUCUAUAGAUGGGAGCAACUUAUCAGGAAAAAUACCAAGUUUUAUCGGGAACUGGACCAAAAUUAUGUACAUGGAUAUGGAGGGCACAGGCUUGGAAGGCUCAAUUCCUUCCACCAUAUCGUUGUUGACAAAUUUGAAAGAGUUGAGAAUAUCUGAUUUGACUGGAUCAACUACCAUGACAUUUCCUGAUCUGACGAAUUUGAAGAGUCUGGAACGGCUGGUAUUAAGAAAUUGCUUAGUUACUGGUCCCAUUCCAACGUACAUUGGUGAAAUAAAAACCUUAAAAACUCUGGACCUGAGUUUUAACAAGUUGACAGGUCCAAUUCCCGACUCAUUUGAGAACUUGAAUUUUAAUCACAUGUUUCUUACAAACAAUUCUCUAAGUGGAGCCGUUCCAGAAUGGGUGCUAAAAAACAAAUAUAACAUUGAUUUAUCUUACAACAAUUUUACUGCGGCCUCUACAUCAACUUGCCAAGUCUUGGAAGUGAACUUGGCUUCUAGCCUCUCGUCUUCAGCAAGCAAUCCACUCUUUUGUUUGAAGAAAGGCCUACCUUGUGCAAGAAAACCUCAAUAUUAUUCGUUAUUCAUAAAUUGUGGGGGGCCCAAUAUGAAGAAUGAGGGGAAUGAAUAUGAAGCAGAUCUCAAUCAAGACGGCACUUCAUUCUUUGAAGAAAAAGACAGUUGGGCUUAUAGCAGCACAGGAACAUAUAUUUACAAUGAUAAAGCUGAUUAUAUAGCGACUCUACCAAGUUUGAAAAUGAAUGGCUCAGAGUACUACCAAACAGCCCGCCUCAGCCCUUUGUCGCUUAAGUACUAUGGCCUAUGUAUGCUAAAGGGUAAUUAUAAAGUAAAACUCCAUUUUGCUGAGAUAAUGUUUUCUGAUGACCAGACAUUUAGCAGCCUUGGUAGACGCAUAUUUGAUGUUUCAAUUCAAGGUUUUAAAUACUUGAAAGAUUUCAACAUCGCGAAGGAAGCUGGUGGAGUUGGUAAAGGCAUCAUUAGGGAAUUCAACGUUGAUGUGAAUGAUACCACCUUGGAGAUCCAUUUAUAUUGGGCAGGGAAAGGUACUACUGCAAUUCCCCAGAGAGGUGUAUAUGGACCUCUAAUAUCUGCUAUCACUGUGACUCCAAACUUCAAAGUUCCAUCAAAAGGGUUGUCAACUGGAGCUAUUGUUGGAAUUGUGGUUGCAUCAUGUGUUUUCUUUGUAUUGGUACUCAUUGUUCUCCGAAAGAAGGGUUUCCUUGGGAAAGAUCCAAAAGACAUAGAACUUUUAGAUCUUAAGACAGGUUAUUUUUCUUUAAGACAAAUUAAGCAUGCGACCAAUAACUUUGACCCGGAGAAUAAGAUAGGAGAAGGAGGUUUUGGGCCUGUGUAUAAGGGUGUGUUAUCAGAUGGUGUUGUCAUCGCUGUUAAGCAGCUCUCUUCCAAGUCAAAGCAAGGAAACCGUGAAUUUAUUAAUGAAAUAGGAAUGGUAUCUGCUUUGCAGCAUCCAAAUUUUGUGAAGCUUUAUGGUUGUUGCAUUGAGGGAAAUCAGUUGUUGCUUAUAUAUGAAUAUAUGGAGAACAAUAGUCUUGCUCGGGCACUUUUUGGUCGUGAAGAACAAAGGAUACACUUGGGUUGGCCCACAAGAGUGAAAAUUUGUCAAGGGAUAGCAAGGGGAUUGGCAUAUCUUCACGAGGAAUCAAGAUUGAAAAUAGUACAUAGGGAUAUUAAGGCAACUAAUAUCUUGCUUGAUAAGGAUAUGAAUGCCAAGAUUUCUGACUUCGGUCUAGCAAAGCUCAAUGACGAUGAGAAUACCCAUAUCAGCACUCGAAUAGCUGGAACAAUUGGUUACAUAGCUCCUGAAUAUGCAAUGAGGGGUUACUUGACGGACAAAGCAGAUAUUUACAGUUUUGGAGUUGUUGCUUUAGAAAUUGUUAGCGGAAAGAGCAACACGAGUUACAGACCAAAGGAUGAGUUUGUUUAUCUUCUUGAUUGGGCCUAUGUUCUCCAGGAGCAAGGAAAUCUUCUGGAGCUGGUGGAUCCACGUCUUGGUUUAAGCUACUCUAAAGAUGAGGCCAUGAAAAUGCUCAACUUGGCUCUCUUGUGCACCAAUGCAUCUCCCACCCUCAGACCCUCCAUGUCAUCUGUAGUGAGCAUGCUUGAUGGAAAAACUCCAAUCCAAGCACCAAUAAUCAAGCACAAAGAUUCAAGCCAGGAUUUGGAUGCAAGAUUCAAAUCCUUUGAGAUGCUAUCAUAUGACAGCCAUGCAUCUGUAAUCUCUCAAGGAAGUAUGGAACACACAGGCAAGUCAAUGAAUGGGCCGUGGAUUGACUGCUCAAUAUCUUUUCCGAGUAAAGAUGAUUGUUCUUCUUCUAGUAAGCUUCUUGAAGAUUAAAUGAUUGGAAACCUAGCUAGUUAGAAUUAUUUAAUGAAUAAUUCUUAUGAUAAAAUAAUCACUCUUUCGAAUAUCAUUGUUACAUUUUUUUUAGGAAGAAAGUAUUCUUCCCUACUACUAAA